AUGAUUAUUGGGUGCCCACGCGAAAGAAAACAGGGUGAGGGCCGAGUUGGUCUCGCGCCGGCCGGUGUUCUGGAGCUUGUUAAAGCUGGUCAUACAGUCCUCAUUGAGAAGAAUGCAGGGGAGAAGGCACAUUUCACCGAUGAACAUUACAUUCAACAGGGGGCUGAGAUUGUUGCCUCUGUGGAGGAGCUAUUUGAACGCUCGGAAAUGAUUGUUAAGGUGAAGGAGCCGCAGCCGGAUGAAUGGAAGCUCGUGAAGCCAGGGCAGAUACUUUUUUGUUACUUCCAUUUUUGCGCGAGCGAAAGUCUCACGAAAGCCAUGCUGAAAAGCGGUGCCAUAUGCAUCAGCUACGAGACGGUUCAGAAGGAUGGACGGUUACCUCUUCUCGAGCCGAUGUCCGAGGUUGCCGGUAGAAUGUCGAUUCAAUGCGGAAUGCAUUUCUUGGAAACUCCCCACGGAGGAUCCGGAGUUUUGCUGUCGGGAUUGCCGGGCGUUCGUCGUGGUCGUGUGCUCAUUCUGGGAGGCGGUGUAGUGGGAACGAGCGCGGCAUCCGCUGCCGCUGGUGUUGGAGCGGAUGUUGUGAUCUUCGACAAGAAUGUGGAUCGUCUUCGGACACUUGCAAGCAUCAUGCCCCCGAAUGUGAGCACGCGGUGCGCCGGCGAGGACGCUCUCCUAGAAGAGCUGUCUUUGUGCGACCUUUUGGUUGGUGCCGUGUUAAUUCCCGGUCGCAGGGCGCCCAAGAUCGUCCGUCGAGAACACUUGAAGCGGAUGAAACGCGGCUCUGUUAUAGUUGAUGUUUCCGUUGAUCACGGUGGCUGCGUCGAAACGACACGUGUAACGAGCCACCACGACCCUGUUUAUGAAGUGGAUGGAAUUAUUCACUACGGGGUUGCAAAUAUGCCAGCUGCGGUGGCGCACUCUAGCACACUAGCCCUUACCAACGUCACGCUGCCUUACAUCCUGUGUCUGGGGAAGCUUGGGUGGGUGCAGGCGUGUCUGACGGACUCUGCCUUAAUGUUGGGAUUGAAUGUUGCUGAAGGAAAGGUUCUUCAUCCAGGCGUGGCCGAGGCUUUUGGCCUUGACAGCGUUCCUCUGAGCGAAUUCCUCGAGGGAGCGCAGGGGGCUGAAAAUAACAAGCGCCUUGAUGGGCUAAAAGGGACACAAUAUGUGUAA